AUGUCGGGGGUUUCAAAUCAUAAAAGAAAACCAAGUGGCGCAAAGUUUAGAAAUUUGGCCAAGCAAAAGAAACAGAAAAUCAAAGAUUGCGUUUCGAGCUGUAUGAAAUUGAAUAAUUAUUUUGAAGUUAAGCCAGUUAAGGAAACUCAAACGUUUAAUCUUUCUUCCACAAACUUGGAAAACGUGGAGAAUGAAAAUGAUUUGUUGCUGCCUGGUUGUGAACCUACUGUUAGCACAAAUACAGAUAAUAAUUUGGAAGAAUCUGCUGCUGUGCCUGACUUGGACCCUGCCAAAUGGAAAAUUAAUUCAAGUUUAAUAGACUAUUUUAUUUUGAAUCAACCAAUUCAAGAUGUUAAAAAAAUUAAUUUUAAUAAAACUGGACGAAUGUGUGKAAAAUAUUUCCGGAAACUGCYUAGAAGUAUCUUUAUAAGAACAUUGCAUAAUGGGCUAAUUACCAAUAGAGAGUGGCUCUUAUACUCUUUAUCAGCUAAUGCAUUAUUUUGUUUMCAGUGCCUUCUUUUUUCUAACAAAAAAAGUAAUCUUGGAAAUUUAAAAUUUGGAUUAAAAAACUGGGGUAAAUGUGGAGAAAAAGUAAAAUGUCAUGAAGAAGGCCAACAAAACGGCGAAUCAAUUAGAAUUUGGUUUUCAAGAACACAAAAAAAUGCUACAUCAAUUGAUAAAAUGUUACACGAAGAAAUGAAAUCAAAACUGGAUUAUUGGACUAAUAUUCUCCAUCGAGUUAUUGCAACAUUUACUUUCUUGGCUGAAAGAGGACUACCAUUCCGUGGUAAAAAUAAUGAAUUUGGCUCAUUACAUAAUGGCAAUUAUAUGGGAUGUUUAGAACUUAUAGCUAAAUUUGAUCCUUUUUUGUCGGAACAUAUUUCUAAAUACGGUAACCAAGGGAAAGGCAAUGUUUCAUAUCUAUCCUCGAUAAUAUGUGAUAAGUUUUUAAGUUUAAUGAACAAUUUGAUUCUAAGAAAAAUUGUUGCUGAAAUUAUUGAAGCUAAGUACUUUUCAAUCAUAGUAGAUUCUACUCCAGAUAUCAGUAAWCAAGAUCAAUUAACUGUUGUGAUUCGGUACAUAAAACCAAAUGGAAAUUCUGAAGAAAGAUUUUUAACAUUUUUAUCCUCUGUAGGACAUAAGGGAGAGCAAAUGGAGGAAGCGUUAAUUGAUAAAUUUAAGGAAUUGGACAUAGACAUAAAAAAUUGCAGAGGACAAGCCUACGACAACGCAUCAAAUAUGUCUGGAAGAUAUAAUGGCUUACAAGCACGUMUUAAAAAAUAUUCUAAAAAUGCUAAUUUUGUACCGUGUGCAAUUAUUAAUAAAAUCAAUUUUGAUCCAAAAGAAACAUUAUUUCCUGUUACUUUGGCUACUGUUAAAGGUGAUCUAAAUACUAGUGUUAACUUUAAGCUAUCUCCCUUAGUUGACACUAUUAAGGAUCUGGUAGAAGCGURUUUGCCUUCUACAACUGUUGAGGACAAUAGUAAUUUCCCAUCUCCAGUUCCUUGUGAUUCAAAUACUAAUUAG